AUGGCAACAGGAAGCGCUGGGACCUCGACCUCUCCACAACCCAUUAUCCAACCUCUUCACCGCGCUGCUCCCGCGCCUCCCCCCUUAAGCACAGCCUCUCCUCCGUCGAGGCGAGAGCUAGCGUCAUGGUGGAAAAAGUUCAGGAAGACAACAGAAAAGAACGAGGAGAAAGCUGACGGUGGUCCGGGCAUAUUCGGGGUCCCUCUGGCCGACAGCAUCAGAUAUGCCAAUGUGGCCAUUUCGUUACAGAAUGAUAACGGCGAGAGCUUCAUCUACGGUUACGUGCCGAUCGUGGUGGCGAAAUGCGGAGUGUUCCUCAAAGAGAAAGCCACCGACAUCGAGGGUAUCUUCCGUCUGAGCGGAUCCGCGAAAAGGAUCAAGGAGUUGCAGACCAUCUUCGACUCGCCAGACAGAUAUGGAAAGGGUCUAGACUGGACCGGCUACACGGUCCACGAUGCGGCCAACAUUCUUCGUCGCUAUCUCAACCAGCUUCCCGAGCCCAUUGUCCCUCUCGAGUUCUACGAGCGCUUUCGCGCGCCUCUUCGCUCGGCGACGUCAACAACCGGAACCAACGGUGGGACACAGACGCGCGACAUGAGUUAUGACGACCACAACAUUGCCGUCGCUGCAUAUCAGAAACUGAUAACAGAGCUGCCGCCGCUCAAUCGUCAACUGCUCCUCUAUCUACUUGAUCUCCUCGCAGUCUUUGCUUCAAAGUCAGACCUGAACCGCAUGACGGCCGGCAACCUGGCCGCGAUUUUCCAGCCUGGCAUACUCUCACAUCCGUCGCACGACAUGUCGCCGCAGGAGUAUCGACUUAGUCAAGAUGUGUUGAUCUUCUUGAUCGAGAACCAGGAUAACUUUCUGAUUGGCAUGUCGGGCACCGCGGUGGAUGAGAAAACUCAGAAGGACGUGGAGAGCGGCGCGCCAUCUGUACGGUCGCCGAAACCUGUUGGGCGGUCUGCAUCGAACGCGAGUGCUGGUGCUGAUAGUCUUCGAAAGUAUGGUGUUCGGCGCAAUGUCUCGGUCUCAUCCCGAGGUUCUCGGGAACGAGGGAGCCCGGGUGUUUCAAGCCCGGGUACACCGUCAGGCGUCACUUCGUUUUCCGGAAGUUCAGGGAUCGCACGAAGCAAUACUGUUCCGUCAAAAAGAUCUCCCGCCAUUGCUCCUAACCGGUUUCAGAAUAUCAACGAUGCCGGCGACUCGACCACUCCUCCAAGAGGCCCUCUUUCCCAAGAGAACACCACUCCACCCACGACUCAAGGGCAGACCGGGUCCAGAUCAUCCAGAUCUGGGUCUAUCCAACCAGAAGAUGCUGACGGCAGAGCAGGAUCUGUACCUGCACCUGCACCACCGGUCCAGGCACCCGGUCAGCCGCCGCAACAAACCGACCCUGUGCCGGCAGCACAACCGGUGCCCAACCAGACCAGCCACGCACAGGUCACGACUGCAGCUCCACAACCCAUCACAACAAGAGAGCGGAAAAUCUCAAACUUGUUUCCCAAGUCGCCAAUCUUUGGGCCCUCUGACCCCCAGGGAAGGCAACCGAGGAAGUUGCAGAAGAAGCAAAAGAUUCCCGGAAGUUCCAACGACAGCGCUCAAAGCUCGAUGAAUUCACUCCAUGGUGACGAACCGGCGACAUUCCACACACCUCUUGUCUCACCUGAUAUCAAUAGUGUUGCACGACAUGACCCAUUGGCUGCGUCGCAAGGUCCUGCUUUCACGAACACGACCGCCACACCCAUCAACGAGGCCCCACCGUUGAAGCAAUUUCCCACGCCUACUUCUGGGGCUGAUGGACAGAAUCACGCCUUGAAGCCUCCUGCAUCUCCCCCCGCAUCCACACGUUCUCGCCCCUCCUUUAGUGACCAUUCAGAUGGCGACGUAGUUGAUGAUACCCUUCCUCAGCCCGAAAGAGAGAAGCGUCGUCAUCGCUGGAGGUUCUCGUCAUCAGCGAAGAAGGGAGAGUACUCACCACUGACGCCGCCGCCUCCCAUCGGGCAGAACGCUGGGGCCCGGGGAAGUAAUAGCUCUCUCGGCAGUUCGAGUCGACCACGGAAAAGCUUUACGGGCGAUUCACAGCUGACACAGUCAUCGAUCAUCGACGCGAACGUCAGCGGACAGCAGAAUCUCGUGAGCCAUUCCAACCAGGAGUCGGGGGAUCCUAACAAGGACCUUAACGGGGAGAUGGAGAAGAAGGGUCUGUUCGGCAAGUUGAAGGCCAAAAUUUCGCAGACCAGAGAAGAGAGGCACGCUGAGAAGGAAAGGGCCAAGAGUCCGCCGCGGAGUGAGCAGGGCGCUUCCAGGAGUAGUCUGGCUGCAUUUGCUCAGGAGCACUUUUCGCCGAGAGGACGGUCCUUUGAUGGAUUGCGUGACCAGGCGGCUCUGUCGACAUUACCAGAGAAACCAGCCGUCGACGGACCGGCUCAAGCGGCGAAGUCGUCAAUGGACCCUGGACAGCGGCCAAUAGGAGCAUGA